UUUCACUCCAACAUGUCCUACAGCAAGCAAAAUGCUCCAACUGCUGGACUUCCCUGAUGAGAUACUCACUCAAAUUUGCUCCUUGAUAUGCGAUUCAGAUCGUCUAGCUCUUUUCCAAGUCGCAUAUGUCAACAAAAGACUGCACAGAAUUGCCUCACCGCUUCUCGUCCGCCAUUGGCCUUUCCAUCCGUGGAUUCUACACAAACAGGCACCUGCUCGCUUCACACUCCAUCUCAUUCGAAACCCUCAUCUUCAAAGAAAUGUCAAAUCGAUAGUCUUCGAUGAAUUGAUUCCUAUCAAGGAGGAUGAUCCCUUGGCCAGUUUUGAUGAGCUCGAUAAACUUGACACAGUGGCACGUCAGCGUUUCCCAGAGCUUGCAGACGAUCCUAGCUGGUGCGAAGGAUUGCUGCAGGGAUACAUAGAUCCUAUAGCAGCACUCCUCUUGGUUCUAUGCACGAGACUGGAAAGCCUUGACCUUAUGAUCCCUUACUAUCAGGAGUUUGGUCUGCUGGUGCUAAAGCUCGCCUCGUUGGCUCUGAAGCACAGUGGUUCUCAACGGCCACUGGAGAAUCUUCGCGCGGUUGUGCUCAGAUGGUACGACGAUGACGACCCUGGGAACAUUCAGUGUGCAGCACCUUUCUUUUACCUUCCAAAAGUCAAAACUCUCGCUCUCUCAGCAUUAUCGGAUGAAAUACCACUGAAGAGUAUCACGGACGACAAAGAUCACAAUGAUGAUAUUAGGCUGGGUUUGGAUCCUGACAUCUACGAGACACAGUUUCCCAUCGGAACUUCACCUAUCGAGGAGCUAAUCAUGGAAUCAUCUUGUCUCACAUUCCAUGGUCUCUUUACUAUUAUCCGUGCUUGCAAACGACUCAAGAAGCUCGUCUUUACUUGCAAAAACCUCGCCAGAAUAUCUAGUCAAGACGAUUCCAGCGUCGCUCUCACUCGACAGGCGUUGCAACAUCAUGCCGCAUCUUUAGAGGAGCUCGCAUUCAAUCUUGAGUCACACCGCUUCAGGCAGGAUGACGGGAGCUUAGAAUACGCGUCUACCACUGGUCUAAGUUGUUUGAAAGGUUGCUUUCAACAAAUGAACAAGCUCAAGCGCCUUACCAUAGAUCUCCACAUUCUUCAUUUUCACGAUACUUCCCCAGACAAGACAAUGAUUGAUUGCCUACCAACAUUACUUGAGUAUCUAGGUCUGGAAUGCAAUCUUGCUAGCUAUAAGCCUCAAGUACUGGGGUAUGUCAAGACAUUGUGCACAUUACUGAAAGCUUGCGGGCAUGGAAAUCACUUAUGUGCCCUGAAGACUCUGGAUGUCUGGUUGUUUGUGUACCAUAUCCCAGAAGAGGAAAUGUUUGAACCAGUCAGAAAGUUAGCACAAGAGAGAGGUGUUCGCUUCACCUUCAUUCACGGGCAUUGCCGAUGGGACAACUCCUGGUCGACAACGGGGAUAAUACCAGAUCCAUAUCCUCCCAUUAUUGAUCCUAAACGGGGCCGAGAAGGCAAUGACGGGGCUGAGAUAAAUGAACAAAGAGAUGUAUACAUUCUACACAACGUCUUGUAAUACAUAUUGUCUCGAAGAUCUAUCCCACGCAUAAUGAUAGCCUUUUAAGUACUUGCUAAAUGUGAUAAGUCUCUGCUGCAGG